UUCCAGUCUCCUGGAAAGGGGUCAGUUUUCCUUCAGUCACUGUCUUCCCUGACAGCUUCCUGUUUAACCGGCUGGGGUGAUCUGUUGUGACUCAGGGCACCCUCCAUCCCCAAAUUCCUGGGAAGUGGCAAAGGCAGUUACAGAUCCUGGCCACAAGCACCCAUGGGAGACAGAAAGGUCUAAACAAUGGUGACCCCCCCACCCACCCACACACACAGUCAAGAACAGAAGGGGGUGUUGGGAUCAUGAAAAGUCGGUGGACAUGAAGCCCAGGGCUGCCUGCCUGGGUUCCUGUGCCUGCCCCAGCUCUGCAGUCUGGCCGAGUGCCAGGAGCAGGGCAGCAGGCUCAGCAGGUCCCAGGCGUGGUACUGCCCAGCAGUGGAGCCAGCCCACACUGGCUCGGCAGGCAGGCAGGCAGGUAGGCGCGGCAGCCGGCGGCAGAGCCCCGCGGGACUGGGAGGCUGCACUUGUGGCAGACACCUGCUGAGGGGUGAGGCUAUGGUCCCUGUCCUGUACCUCCUCCUGCCCACCCUGGGCUGCUAUGUCGCGCUCUCCAUCUUCUUCCUGCGCCGACCCCACCUGCUGCACGCAGCCAGGGCUCCGGCCUUCCCCAUCCGCCUGGCUGCCCACCGCGGAGGGUCUGGAGAACGGCUGGAGAAUACCAUGGAGGCCAUAGAGAAUUCCAUGGCCCAGCGAGCAGAUCUCCUGGAACUUGACUGCCAGCUCACACGGGAUGGCGUGGUGGUGGUAUCCCACGACAAGAACCUGUCCCGCCAGUCAGGCCUAAAUAAGGAUGUGAACAGCCUGGAUUUUAAGGAACUGCCCCUCUACAAGACAGAACUGGAGAUCUAUUUCUCACCAGGCCAAUUUGCCCACGGGUCAGAUCGACACAUGAUACGACUGGAGGACGUAUUCCAGAAAUUUCCAAGGUUGCCCAUGAGUGUGGAGAUCAAAGAAAAAAAUGAAGAGCUCAUUCACAAGGUAGCCAACCUGGCUAGGAGCUUUGACCGCAGUGAUAUCACCAUCUGGGCUUCAGAGAAGAACUCAGUCAUGAAGAAGUGCAAGGCUGCCAACCCUGACAUGCCGAUGGCCUUCACCAUACUGAGAUCAAUCUGGAUACUGCUGCUCUACUACCUGGGGCUGCUACCUUUUGUCUCCAUCCCUGAGAAGUUUUUCUUCUGCUUCCUGCCCACCAUCAUCAACAGGACUUACUUCCCAUUUUCCUCGGGAUGGAUGAAUCGACUCUCAGCUGCGGUUACAAAAUGGUUCAUCAUGAGGAAAAGCCUGAUCCGACAUUUGCAGGACCGAGGGAUACAGGUGCUAUUUUGGUGCCUUAAUGAAGAAUCGGAUUUUGAAGUGGCCUUCAACCUGGGGGCUAAUGGUGUCAUGACUGAUUUCCCCACGGCCCUGAGACACUACCUAGACAAGAAGGAACCAAGGGCCCCUGCCUCCUCAGUCUGAGGCCCUGUCCUCUCUUUUUAAGAAAAAUAAAUAUUUUCUUGUCAG